AAAAUAAAAAAUAAAAAAAAAAUAAAAAAAACUACGAUCGUCUUGUUUCUCUUUAUAAAGACCAUCUUGUCUCAACGGUUCUUCUGGAUUUUUUCUUUUCUUCUUCUUGUUUUUCUUUUCUUUUUUUUUCGUUGUCUGUCGUUUGUUGUUUCCAAAUCCUCCCCCACUUUUGGAAAGAGCAAAAAAUCAAACCCCCCUCUCUCUCACUUUAGUCUUGUCACAUUAUUAGAAGAAAAAGAAACAGAACGAACCCAUCGGUUUUUCUCAUUCCAAACCAAAAUAUCGCGAAAAAACAAGUUUCUGUACAUAAUUUUAUAAAAAGAAUGGUCGCUGAAAACAACUCAUGGGCAGGUGCCAUUCCUGCUGCUCAAGGCCUGUACAACCCUGAAUUUGAAAAGGAUGCGUGUGGUGUCGGUUUCAUGGUCCAUGUCAAGGGUGUUCGCUCUCACAAGAUUCUCAGCGACGCUAGUAAUAUUCUCUGCAACAUGACGCAUCGUGGUGCCAGUGGUGCUGAUAUUCGCGAUGGUGAUGGCGCUGGCGUCAUGACUGGUAUCCCGCAUCAAUUCUUUGUCAAUGAAACCUCCCGAGAACUCGGUAUCACUUUGCCUGCCGAAGGCCAGUACGCUGUGGGCAAUCUUUUUAUGAAAGGCGAUGAUGAUUCCCUCAAAGAAAGCAAAAAGGUCUUUGAAGACCUUGCUGCUGCUCUCGAUCUCAAGGUGCUCGGUUGGCGUUCGGUGCCCCGCGAUUCUUCCAUCAUUGGUCCCGCUGCGAAAUCCAAGGAGCCUGCUAUUGAACAACCGUUUGUCGUUCUCGCUGAUCAGUCCAAAGCCCAUGAUGAAGCCUACUUUGAACGUCAGCUGUACGUGCUCCGCAAACAUGCCACUCAUACCCUUACCAUGAAAAAAUGGUUCUAUGUUUGCUCGCUCUCCAACAAGAACAUCGUCUACAAAGGCCAGCUCACCCCCAAGCAGGUCUAUCAGUAUUUCCACGAUCUCAACAAUGUUCAGUACACUACUCACUUUGCGCUUGUCCACUCCCGUUUCUCCACCAAUACUUUUCCUUCUUGGGAUCGCGCUCAACCCAUGCGCUGGUGUGCUCAUAAUGGUGAAAUCAAUACACUGCGUGGCAACAAGAACUGGAUGCGAUCUCGCGAAGGUGUGAUGCAAUCCGACAAGUUUGGUGAUGAACUCGAAUUAUUGUACCCUAUCAUCGAGGAAGGCGGUUCGGAUUCGGCUGCGUUUGAUAACGUACUUGAAUUGUUGGUCAUCAACGGCGUCUUGACCUUGCCUGAAGCGGUCAUGAUGAUGAUCCCUGAAGCCUGGCAGAACAAUGAUGCCAUGAGUCCUGAAAUGAAGGCCUUUUAUCAAUGGUCGGCGUCCUUGAUGGAACCCUGGGAUGGUCCUGCCCUGUUUACCUUUUCCGACGGUCGGUACUGUGGCGCCUCUCUCGAUCGCAACGGUCUUCGUCCAUGUCGUUACUACCUUACCUCGGAGGAUAUCAUGAUUUGUGCUUCCGAAGUGGGUACCGUUGCUAUCAACCCUGAAAUUAUUGUUGAAAAAGGUCGCUUGAAGCCCGGUCGCAUGCUCUUGGUUGACACGGUUCAAGGCAAACUCGUCGACGAUAAGCAGCUGAAACUUCAAACCGCUGCCAAGCGCAACUUUUCCGAGUGGCUUAAAAACCAAAAGAUUCUCCUGCAAGACAUGGUGAAAAAAGCACGUGAUACUCAUCCUUUUGAAGCUCAGCUGGACGAGACUUCCAUUCACACCGAUCCACGUCUCAAGGCAUUUGGCUACACCCUGGAGCAGCUGAACUUGGUCUUGGUGCCGAUGGCUUCCACAGGCAAAGAAGCGCUGGGUUCCAUGGGUAACGAUACCGCUUUGGCUUGUUUGGCCGAACAGCCGCGUCUCAUCUACGAAUAUUUCCGUGAACUAUUUGCUCAAGUGACCAACCCGCCCAUUGAUCCUAUCCGUGAAGAGAUCGUCAUGUCACUCGAAUGCUACGUCGGUCCCGAAGGCAAUAUCUUGGAAAUUGAUCAAAACCAGUGUCACAAGCUCACACUUCCUUCGCCCAUCCUGUCCAUGGAAGAAUUAGCCGUUGUCAAGAACAUGUCCGAAUUCUACCCCGACUGGAAGGUGGCAACCGUCGACAUCACGUUCCCGAAGGCCGAUGGUAUCCAAGGUUACAUGAAUGCAUUGGAGCGAAUCUGCAACGAGGUCAGCCAAGCCAUUGAACAAAAGUACAAGAUCGUCAUCCUUUCCGAUCGUGCCGUGUGUGCCGAUCGUGUGGCUAUCUCUUCGUUGAUCGCUACCGGUGGCGUCCAUCAUCAUUUGGUUCGUAAUAAGCAACGUUCCCGUAUCGCCUUGAUGGUCGAAACGGCGGAAGCUAGAGAAGUCCAUCAUUUCUGUGUCUUGCUCGGCUAUGGUGCCGAUGCCAUCUGUCCCUAUCUGACUAUGGAAGCUAUGGUCAAGCUUCACCGCGAACAUGCCGUCCACGAAGGUUUGACUCCCGAAAAGCUGAUCUAUAACUACAAAAAGGCGGUCGACAAUGGUAUUCUCAAGGUCAUGUCCAAGAUGGGUAUCUCAACGUUGGCGUCUUACAAGGGAGCCCAGAUCUUUGAAGCUCUCGGUGUGGAUGAUACCGUCAUUUCUCGAUGCUUUGCUGGUACCGCCUCUCGUAUCAAGGGUGUGACCUUUGAUAUUUUUGCCUUGGACGCUUUGCACAUGCAUGAAAACGGCUAUCCUUCGCGCAACAUUGUUCAACCUGUUGCUCUUCCUGAAUCUGGUGAAUAUCACUGGCGCGAUGGUGGUGAACCUCAUAUUGCUGAACCCAAUGGUAUUGCUAACCUCCAAGAUGCCGUGCGUCAAAAGAACCAAUCCUCCUACGAUGCUUACGCUCGCAAUGCCUAUGAAGCAAUUAAAAAAUGUACACUCCGUGGUAUGCUCGAAUUCGAUUACGAAAAUGCCAAACCGAUCCCCGUGGAACAGGUCGAAUCUUGGGACAAGAUUGUCAAGCGUUUUGUCACCGGCGCCAUGUCUUAUGGUUCCAUUUCCAUGGAAGCUCACAGUUCGCUGGCCAUUGCCAUGAACUCGCUUGGUGGUAAAUCCAAUACCGGUGAAGGCGGUGAGAAACCGGAACGAUCGAUUAUCCGUGAAAAUGGUGACAAUUUGCGUUCGGCCAUCAAGCAAGUGGCUUCCGGUCGAUUUGGUGUGACCAGCUACUACCUGUCGGAUUCCGAUGAACUGCAGAUCAAAAUGGCUCAAGGCGCCAAACCGGGUGAAGGUGGUGAACUGGCGGGUGGUAAAGUGUCGGAAGAGAUUGCCAGUACAAGAAAGACGACCCCCGGCAUUGGUUUGAUCAGUCCGCCUCCGCAUCAUGACAUAUACUCUAUAGAGGAUUUGAAGCAGCUCAUUUACGAUCUCAAGUGCGCCAAUCCACGUUCAAGAGUGUCGGUGAAGUUGGUGUCCGAAGUCGGAGUCGGUAUCGUAGCUUCCGGUGUGGCGAAAGCCAAGGCGGAUCACAUUUUAAUCUCCGGUCACGAUGGUGGCACAGGCGCGUCGCGAUGGACUGGUAUCAAAUACGCUGGUUUGCCCUGGGAGUUGGGUCUUGCUGAAACCCAUCAAACUUUGGUUCUCAACGAUUUGCGUGGUCGUGUGAUUGUCCAGACCGACGGUCAAAUCAAGACGGGUCGUGAUAUUGCCAUUGCCUGUUUGCUCGGUGCCGAAGAAUGGGGUUUCGCUACCACCCCCUUGAUCGCUCUCGGUUGUACCAUGAUGCGUAAAUGCCAUCUUAACACUUGUCCUGUGGGUAUUGCUACGCAAGAUCCUGAAUUGCGCAAGAAAUUUGAAGGGUCGCCGGAACACGUGGUCAACUUUUUCUACUACUUGGCCGAGGAACUUCGUGGUUACAUGGCCAAACUGGGCUUCCGAACUAUCAACGACAUGGUCGGUCAUGCUGAAUAUCUCAAGGUCAACGAUGCUUUGCGUACUUACAAGACGGCCAACUUGGAUCUCUCGCCCAUCUUGACUCCCGCCAGUUCGUUGCGUCCUGGUGUGGCCGGUCACUGCGUCAGCAAGCAGAAGCACAACUUGCAUGUCCGUCUUGAUAAUUACCUCAUCGAUGAAGCCGAACCCGCUUUGACCAAUAAGGAAAAGGUCACGAUCGAUGCUCAGGUCGUGAACACCGAUCGUGCUUUGGGUACCACUCUUUCGUAUCAUGUUUCCAAACGUCAUGGUGAACAAGGCUUGCCAGCCGAUACCAUUCAUGUCAAGAUGACGGGCUCCGCCGGUCAAUCGUUUGGUGCGUUCUUGGCGCCCGGUAUCUUUUUCGAAUUGGAAGGCGACUCGAAUGACUACGUCGGCAAAGGUCUUUCCGGUGGUAAGAUUGCGAUUUAUCCACCCAAGAACUCUAUCUUCAAGUCCGAGAACAACGUCAUUGUGGGUAAUGUGUGUCUCUAUGGUGCGACGAGCGGCCACGCUUAUUUCCGUGGUAUUGCCGCCGAACGUUUCUGUGUUCGUAACUCGGGUGCCUAUGCUGUUUGCGAAGGUGUGGGCGAUCACGGCUGUGAAUACAUGACGGGCGGUCGUGCUGUUAUUCUUGGUUCCACGGGACGCAACUUUGCCGCCGGUAUGUCGGGUGGUAUCGCCUAUGUGCUCGAUGUGAAUGGCGAUUUCAAACAAGUCGUGAACACGGAAAUGGUGGAAUUAGAGACCGUCAACGAUGAUGAACGUAUUGCAGAAUUACGUGAAUUGAUUGAAGACCAUCGCCAUUACACUGGCUCGGAAAUCGCCGAUCGCGUGCUCAAGAACUUUAACGAAUACCUUCCCAAGUUUGUCAUGGUGAUGCCUACCGAGUACCGCGAAUUGUUAAUGAGACAACGCCAUGCUUCCAACAUUGCCGCCGCACCUUUGACCGAGAAGCCCGAGUGCCAAAAUGAAUCAUCCCACAAGUCGGUUGAACCUCAGGUGGAAGAUCUUGAAGACAGUAUCAUGGAUGAAGAAACCAUCUUGGCCCGCCGUGCUAAGCUUGACAAGUUGCGUGGUUUCAUCAAGUACAAGAGACGCACCGACGGUUACCGUAACGCCAAAAAACGUACCCGCGAUUGGGAUGAAAUCAAUCAUCGUUUGACACGAUCCCAACUGCAUGAACAAGCUGCCCGUUGUAUGGACUGUGGUGUACCCUUCUGUCAAUCCGAUACCGGCUGUCCCAUUGGUAACAUUAUCCCCAAGUGGAAUGAACUCAUUUUCAAGGAUAACUGGAAAGAGGCUCUUGAUCGUCUUUUAAUGACCAACAAUUUCCCUGAAUUUACUGGUCGUGUGUGUCCGGCUCCUUGUGAAGGGGCUUGCGUCGUCGGAAUCUCCGAGCCUCCUGUAGCUAUCAAGAGCAUCGAGUGUGCAAUUAUUGAUCGUGGUUUUGAUGAAGGCUGGAUUGUUCCCAAACCGCCUGUCCAUCGUACCGGAAAAAAGGUGGCUGUUAUUGGUUCUGGCCCGGCGGGUUUGGCAGCUGCCGAUCAAUUGAACAAGGCCGGUCAUCUUGUUACUGUGUAUGAUCGCAAUGAUCGUAUGGGUGGACUCUUAAUGUAUGGUAUUCCCAACAUGAAGCUCGACAAGAAGGUGGUGCAACGUCGUCUCGACUUAAUGGCCGCUGAAGGCAUUACCUUUGUUCCCAAUGCCCACAUUGGUGUGGAUAUUGACGCCAAUGCUUUGCGGGAUCAGAACGAUGCAGUGAUUGUCGCUACUGGUGCUACAUGGCCCCGCGAUCUCAAGAUUCCCGGUCGCGAAUCGAAUGGUAUCCACUUUGCUAUGGAAUUCCUGCAAGCCAAUACCAAGAGCCUGUUGGAUUCUCAACUCAAGGAUGGUCACUAUCUGUCGGCCAAGGACAAGCAUGUAAUUGUGAUUGGUGGUGGUGACACUGGUAAUGACUGUAUCGGUACAUCGGUACGUCAUGGCUGCAAGUCCGUGGUGAACUUUGAAUUACUUCCUCAACCACCAAACCAACGUGCCAAGGAUAACCCGUGGCCCCAAUUCCCUCGUGUGUUCAAGGUCGAUUACGGUCAUUCGGAAGUUCAAGCUCACUUUGGUAAAGAUCCUCGCGAAUAUUGUGUCCUUUCCAAGGAAUUCGUGUCGGAUGCCGAUGGUAACGUCAAGGGAAUCCAAACCGUGCGUGUGGAAUGGACGAAGGAUGAGGCUGGUCGCUGGGCGAUGAAGGAAGUCGAGGGUUCCGAACAAUUCUUUGAAGCCGAUCUUGUGCUGCUGUCCAUGGGUUUCUUGGGUCCCGAAGAGGCAGUGGUGAAGCAAUUGUCACUCAAGCAAGAUGGUCGUACCAACAUUGAAACGCCCAAGGGUAAAUAUGCCACCUCGGCUUCCGGUGUGUUUGCUGCUGGUGAUUGUCGUCGUGGACAAUCAUUGAUCGUUUGGGGUAUUAACGAAGGUCGUCAAUGCGCUCGUGAAGUCGAUCAAUUCUUGGUUGGCAAUACUUACUUGCCGGUGGCUGGCGGUAUCAAACAACGUAUCAUGAAUCCGGUGGCCGUCCAAGCCUAGAUUCCUUAUUUUCUCUUUUCUCUCUCUCUCUCUUCAUGUACAAACACAUUUCCGUUUUCUCGUUUUUUCUUUUCCUUAUAUUUCAGUUAUUAUUUUUGAUGACAACUCAUGUGGGGGCAUGUUGUUCGAAUCGAAUAGGAUUGAAGCAGAUUUAGGGUAGCACUAUAAAUAUUGUCUUUCUCUCUACUGUAUGUGUUUGCGUAUACCGAUGCAAAAACAUUAGACACUCUUUGUGGAUAUAAUAAUAAAUUAUCAGAUUUGAUAUCCUGAAA